UUUAUUGUUUAUAUACGAUACAAUUACGAUAAUAUGAAUAAUACAUUAAUACGAUACCUGCACGCGAAUUUAACACAAAAUUCAAAACUGUCUUCAUUAGUUCAUUGGCGUAAUCUUUUUAAGUAAAAUAAAUAAUAAGUUUUCAUUCGCGAGUAACCAUUUUUCUUUUUUUAUAUUCAGUGUAAUAAUACCUAUGUUCUGAGUACGUUUGUCAUAAUACCUAUGUGAUUGUGUUGUAGCAUUCAUUGACAAGGACUAUGCGAUAUUCGUCUGUAUUAUAGGCAGUGUUGGUGUUGUCUAUCAAUGAAGCAUACAUUUCAUGUGUUCUACAUUUUUAUAAUGGAAUUCUGUUAUUAAAUCGAUCAGCUCUGAAUAUGGAAACCAAUCAUCCAGUGUCGUCAGCGCGAGUUAUUGAUGCCGUGGAGAACAUCAAACAUGAUCGUUCUGCAAGCCAAGGGGCCCUGAUCAACAAUAUAAGACUAAAGGUCCACACACGUCAGCGGUGGUGGAGAAUUGCUGCAGGAACAAAUUUCACCGCUCACCUCGGGGAUUAAGCCAAGACAAUGCCACCGCUGCAGUGUGUGGGGACCUUUAGUCCUUCAAAGUGUUGUUUAGAGUCACAUGCCAACAUUUGGUCUACCAGCUAGUGCCUAUGAAUUAAAUUCCAGUGCUCGAUUAACUAUCAGAUUUGAUAGAGAAAUGUUCAACAGUAGUCUAUUUGAGAGUGAAAUAGAAAUCAGUCCAGCAUUUCGAUUUAAUAGAAAUGACUUAUUCAGACCUCCCCAUUUUGAUUUCAGUCAUAGAAGUAGCCCAUUGUUAAAUGGACAAUUCUCUACACCUAAGGAAAUGGGUCAAAAUUUAGAUACCAAAAAGCAUUUGCAUGAGUUUGGGUUGAAAAAAGCCGAGGUUAAAGCCAAACCAUUUAAAUGCGAUGUGUGCAAAAAAUCCUUCUCUAGUUCUGGUGGUUUGACUGUCCAUUACAGAACACAUACAGGUAACAAACCUUUCAAAUGUGAUUUAUGUAAUAAAACUUUCUCAAAUUCAAGUCAUUACAAUUACCACAUGCGUGUACAUUCAGGGGAUAAGCCAUUUAAAUGUCAUGUGUGCAACAAAGAAUAUUCUUGUGCUAAUGGUAUCUUAUACCAUCAGAGAACUCAUCACUUUUUGCAAGAUACAAAACCGUUGAAGUGUGAUGUAUGUGACAAGCUGUUCUCCAGCAUUGGUGGGCUGACUGUUCACUACCGUUCUCACACUGGUGACCGGCCAUUUAAGUGUGAUGUGUGUUUUAAAACAUUUACUAGUUCCAGUCACUGCAAGUAUCAUCAGAAGUCUCAUUCGCAGUUGAUUACAAAAAAAACCUUGAAAUGUGAUGUUUGUAGCAAAUUGUUCUCCAGUUCAGGUGGCCUUGUAGUUCAUUACAGAAUGCAUACUGGUGAUCGUCCAUUCAAAUGUGAAGUUUGCUUCAAGUCAUUUACCAGUUCCAGUCAUUUCAAAUACCACCAAAAAUCGCAUGUGAUUUCAAAUGAUAAAAAAACAUUGAAGUGUGAUGUAUGUGAUAAAUUAUUUUCUAGCGCUGGUGGACUAGUUGUUCAUUACCGUACACAUACUGGCCAUAGACCAUUCAAAUGUGAAAUUUGCUUAAAAUCUUUCACAAGCUCAAGUCACUUCAAAUAUCAUCAAAAAACCCACAUGGUUAAUGGCUGAUGUUUCUAUUUAAAUCUAAUGUAGCUCAAAUACAUUUUAGCCAAAAGAAACUAAUUACUUAUUAGGUUAUUAUUUAAAUGCCUACUUUUUAGUUCGGUAAAUAUAUUAUUAGUUCUAUAAAAACCUUCUUUCCUAUACACUGUACAUACAUAGUGUUAUAAAUACUAAUAUUUUAAAUAACAUUUUUUCCUAUUUGUAAUAUGUACAGAAUCAAUAUUUUAUGGCUUUUCUAUAACUUGGCUUUUUUUAUUAGUCAUUUUGACUCAAUUUAUUUUUAAUUAUAUUAAUACAUAAAUAUAAAGAUUUUAUUUCAUAGGUAUAGUUAUUUUAUUUGUUCUCUACAAAUUGUAACUGGUAUUAAUUAAUUUAUAGUAUAUUAGUAAUUUUACUUAUUUUGAUGAACAUAAUAUUAUUUUCAUUUUAACAUUGUAUUAUGUAAAAUAAGAAUUAUUUUGAGAAUCAAAUUUGAAAUGUAGUCAAUGUUUCAUUAUUCAUAAUAUUAAUUAUGAAAUUAUUGUUCUCAAAUGUUCUGUAAAUAAAAUAACUAAUCUGUAUACCAAAUCACAUUGAUACAAUUUGUUUACAAAAUAUUAAUAUCAAUACUAAUGAUAAAUUGAAUUGAUUGCCCAUUGAAAUGUUAUUAUUUUCAUUAACGUUAUUGUUUAGAAAAAAUGAUUUAAAAGUUAUGCUUUUAUUUCUCCAUUCUUAGCAUUUUU